GCUGGCCAUGGGUAGGGGGCAUCUGAAAGCGCUUCUGCGCUGCCCUCUCAAGUUUACUCAUCCAGGAAGUUUUCUGUUGCAAACUUGUCGGGUUUUCUCGCUCAUCAGGGCAGGAAACCUGAUAAGGGGAGGGAACUAUCUGCUUAUUCACCUCAAUGUGGAGUAGAUUGCCUAGUAUAUUAGUUUUUACCUUAUCUCUCCCAUUGUUCUUACCCGCACCUUGCUCAUGUGGAUGCCCGCACUUGUGCUCAUGCAAAUGCCCAUACCUUUGCCUUGAGUGGCAUCAGGGAAAUGUAAUUCACUAUAGUGCUACAGGGCGCUCUGUAGCACAAUCCAACCAGCUGAUGGAAGGCCCGCCCUUUUGCUCGUGUAGAUGCCUGCAAUGUUGCUUACCCGGAUUCCUGCAACAUUGCUCACGCGAAUGCCUCCAAGCUGCUACCUCUUCUUUCCAACGCCGCUUUCCUUACAUCAAAGCGUCCCCCUGCGGCUCCUACAAUUUGAAAUCUGAGGUUCACUUCGCUGCGUCGUUCUCACUCCUACCGCCUUAGGAAUCACAGCUCACCUCGGCUCUCGCUCGCACAGGUUGGGGCCGCUAUUGGGGCCGGGUCGUCCCUUCAGGGCUUCCACCCAAAAACAAACCUGCUUCAAUACACAAACACAAAG